CAUAGAUAAAUAUGACAAAUUUUCCUUUGCUGAGUCACGUCACUAGUCGGGUUCUUUCAUCAAGAAUGACGAAGAUUGACAUUGACGCGAAGAAGAACAAUUGCAAAUGCAUCAAAUUGAAGGUAGUUGGUUUCUCGCCGCGGAAUAAUGAAUGUAGAGCAAAGGCAGAAUGAUAUGGUUUUUGUCGCUUACUCUUUCUUUUGCUGUAUGUUGAAAUAGUAAAAGUCAAGAUGUGGCAUCUUUUGCGGUCUUGUUUUCCUUUUUUCAACGCUUUCCGCGCGGAAGAGGAGCAGUCUUCCAGCGCUUCAUCGCCAGACCGUGGUAUGGUAGCGGACCUGUGUGAUGCGGUAUUGGACGACACUGUAGGUUCUCCGGCACCCUCCUUCGUGACAGAGCGAACGGAAGAGGCAUCACCCGGACAGAGGAUGGUAUUGUUCGGGGCGGGACAGCAUGGAGAAAUGCCUGCAAUCGGAGAAGAUGCCUCAUCUGAAACAAGCACGAAUGUUGAUAGCAGUGCAAAUGUUAACAGCAGUACUAGUACAUCGUCUACUAGGUGUAGUUCCAUAAACUUGAAUAACAAUUCUGAGGGAGCUGGGCAAGGCUUUCACGUUCCACCAGGACAGCAUCAAAGUUCCGGUUCUUCCAGUUAUGCGCCAGAGUGCGUAAGCGGUGGCUGCAAGAGUUCCUCCUUUUGUGGUGCGAUUUCGUCGAGGAGAACUCAGCAUGAGAACGCAUCUUGCUCUGUAGCACGAACGAAGAUAGAAGCAACUAGACCACAGCGUGUUUCGAUCAGAGUAAAUGAAGAAAAAGAAAUAGAAGACGAACAGCAAGGCGGAUCCUUGGUAACCAAAAUAGACUUUCUUGAGAACAACACGGCGGAAUCGUCAUCUCAGCCCGAAAAUGCAAAUUCUCAUGCGCCAUCGAUAUUUAGUAGAAGUAGUAGUCCAGUAUCUAGAGGAGCUCGUGUGCAGGGAGACGAUGCUACGGCUUCAAGAAGCGUAGCUGGAGGUGCCUCGUCUUGUUCAACUGAAUCCGCAUCGUCUUCAGCAGGGGAUACAACCGGCCUCGCAGUGCCCGUCGUCCACCGAACGCAAUCUGCUCCAGGUGGAAAAUCUAGCGGCACGGAAUCCGAUAAGUCAGAAGCCGAAACUGUAGCCUCUGUGACUGAUGCAGGCGGGGCAGCAACGACGCCAAUAGAAAAGGGUGAGAAAACAAUCUUUCCUGGUCGCGAUUUCCGGGCGAGAAUGCUCAACCGCUUGAGUCACGAAGGUCUUCAAGCGGUUGUUUACAACCUUAUUUCCGUAUGUAACUGCAUUCCUUGCGAAAAUACGACUUUGUCUUUUUGAUGAAAUACCUACUCAAUCAAACUAAGGGCAGCCGCAGGUGAGACCAGCACACUUUUAGAUCAUUGGAAUUUGAACACGCGGCUCUCGAGGAAAUAUAGGAUGGUGGAUGUGUCAAACCUAUUCAUUCGCAGGUAUAUUACCGAACUCGUCGCAGCGAGCGCCGCAAACGCAGUGCGUCACAAUUUUUGACUGGGACGACACUUUAUGCUGCACCUCCUACUUCACAGCGCUAAGACUCAAAAAGAAAAGUUGUACGCAGAAGGACCUCCAGGCUCUGCGGUCACUGGAAAAGUUAGUGCGGGAUCUGCUUACAAAAGCAAAAGACAUGGGUAUAAUUGUAAUUCAUUUUUAGCGGUCCAGAUGAUUGCCCUGUUGAUUGCUGUGCUUGACAUAAAAUCAAGAUGGAUUGCUCAACAUGACAUGCUCAACGGAUGCUAACGAAUUGCAUGUCGUUCAUCUCAUAUUUGAGGUAUUAUUUAAGCUAGUCAUGUCUUCAUACUGCUCCAUCUCAGGAAGCGUGUACAUUAUCACGAAUGCGAUGGAGGGCUGGGUCGAGUAUAGCUGCGAGCGGUGGCUUCCCCGAGUGAAGUCUUUGGUGUGUUCGUUGCCAAUCCUAAGCGCGCGAGCGUGGGAAUCGCAGUACGACGUGAGCAGAUGGAAGACUAUGGCAUUCCGCUCCAUUUCAGAGCGUAUGGACGCUCGUCCGGUAACGAACCUGAUAGCCAUCGGCGAUUCAGUGUUCGAAAUCAAUGCUGCCCACGACAUGGCCACGUUCUUUCCGAAUAGUUUAGUGAAAACGGUGCAGCUCGAUCAACGACCCACACCAGCGAAUUUGGUUAACCAGCUUGAGCUCGUGGCAAAAAACUUGCGAGCCAUCGUGAUCUCCGGCAACAACAUGGAAGUGUCGUUCAUGCGCACAGCUGCGGAAGAUAAGACGAGGACCCAGAACAAGGCAGCUUUCUCUUCCUCGGAGACCACUACAACUACAGAGGCGGAAGGAGAGAGGCCGAAAAGCCCGUUAAGUGAAGCUCAUAGCAGUACCGAACAAGAAAGUAGUAGAUCGAGUAGCAGCACAAGCACACGUAGCAGCAGUAGAGAUACUAGAAACGAAGAGAAAAAGUAUACUACCGCAGGACAUGCCAGACAAGACGGAAAUGAGUUUCCAAGUGUGUAUAGUAGCAGUAAAGACACUUUUAAUAGUAGAAACGCAGCAACCAACGUUCUCGACGGAGAAGCGCAGCAAAAGUUAACCACCAGCGGUUCCCCGAAGGAGACGCAGCAGCGAACCACACCGCUUGCCGCACCAUAUCCGCAGCCUCACAGCAUGUCCCACCACUCAUCGACUAAUUGCAUUCCCCCUGCUUCCACCAUGCACAAUGAACAUGCAGUCUCCACAUUUCCCCUUCCUGUGGACAAUACUGUCGCAAAUAGUAGUUAUGCUGCAAUCGGAAACGUUGGCCGAUCGAUCCUCGCGCAGCCGCUGACGUGUGUAAAAAUUUGAAUUCCAGCACAUUGAAGAUCGCCUGAUAAUGAUUUACUUCUGUUCUUUUUGUCCUUGUAUUAUUUUUCAACCCAGUUUUGCCUUUUUGCGAUAUCUUUAGAUCUUCCUGGUUUGCAGCAGCGAUGAUGGAUUUAUAGAGUAGUCAACUUCAAACCUUACAUUGCAUGUCUUGGUCAAGGCUUGUUCGCUGUCCGGACUUUCGGUCUGAACGUUUCAACGAUUUUCCGUGCCUUUAGGGUGACGAAAGAAUGACUCCUUCUUCAUUGUGGUACAUGUGAACUUAUAUUAUAAUGAGCAUGGCGCCUGGAGAGUUUAUUCAGGCAUGGGGUGCAGCAAUGAAAUGUCGCUUUUGUUGUCACAUGGAACUAUGACAAAACGCUCAUCACGCGGACUAGGUCUAGUGCUGAUCGGG